AUGAACUCGCUCUUAACCCACCCCGAUCCUCACAGCCAGCCCAUUGGGUACUCCUUCUCAGAGCAGUCGAGCGGCCCCAAACAGCACAGCUUCAACCCAUAUACGGACAAUGGUGGUUCUACCCUUGGAAUAGCUGGUGACAAUUUCGCUAUUCUAGCUGGCGACACACGAUCGGUAUCUGGCUACAACAUCAACACCAGAUAUGCCCCCAAGGUAUUCAAGAUCGGCGCAGAUGAAGUCACCGGAGAAGGCGGCCACAUGAUUCUCUGUGUCGUGGGCUUCUCUGCCGACGGUCGAGCUCUAAAAGAACGUCUCGACGCCAUCGUCAAGAUGUACGAAUACCACCACAACAAACCGAUGUCGGUCAGAGCAUGUGCACAGCGUCUAUCUACGAUCCUAUACUCGAAACGAUUCUUCCCAUACUACGUACACGCGAUUCUGGCCGGAGUUGAUGAGGAAGGAAAGGGAGCUCUGUACAGCUACGACCCAGUGGGUUCAUAUGAGAGGGAGUUCUGCAGGGCGGCUGGAUCGGCGGCUAGUUUGAUGAUGCCUUUCCUGGACAACCAGGUUAACUUCAAGAACCAGUAUGUUCCUGGUAGCGGUCAGGGUAACGCGUCGGUGGCCAGGAAGCCAGAGCCUCUGUCUAGACAGGGAGCGCAGGAACUCGUACUUGAUGCAUUCACCAGUUCCGUGGAAAGACAUAUCGAGGUUGGAGACGGGCUGCAGAUGAUGAUUGUUACCAAGGAUGGAAUAGAGGAGGUGUACCGCCCACUUAAGCAGGAUUAA